ACGUCCAGCAGCUGAUCGGUAAUCCAGAAGAAGUUUCCCCUCAGUUAGGGGGGAGCUCCACUUUGAAGCAGGAGACUCCACAACCACCCUGCAUUAAAAAGGAAGAGGAGGAACUCUGCAUCACUCAGGAGGGAGAGUGUCUUCUAGGACGAGAGGAAGCUGAUUACACCAAGUUUCCACUGAGUAUUCUCUCUGUGAAGACUGAAGAUGAUGAAGAGAAACCACAAGUAGACAACCUCUUAGCUCCACUAUCAGAUAGUGAGGCUGAAGACGAGGUUGAAGAACCUUUGAGCAGCGAUAAAGACUGUGAAGGUGAUAUGAGGACUCACGCUGACAACAAACACUCUGAAUGCUCUUCAAAGAAGAGAGGUAAAAAAUGUUUGAGCUGCUCAGUUUGUGCUGAAAGUUUUACUAUAAAGAGCCAUUUGACUCAACACAUGAGAACACACACAGGUGAAAAAACAUUUCAGUGUUCAGUUUGUGGCAAAAGCUUUUCUCAAAAAAGCCAUUUGACUCAACACAUGAGAACGCACACAGGAGAAAAACCAUUUAGUUGUUCAGUUUGUGGCAAAAGCUUUUCUGUUAAGAGCUAUUUGACUGGACACAUGAGAACACACACAGGUGAAAAACCAUUUAGUUGUUCACUUUGUGGCAAAAGCUUUUCUGAAAUGAGCCAUUCGACUCGACACAUGAGAACACACACAGGUGAAAAACCAUAUAAGUGUUCAGUUUGUGGCAAAAGCUUUUCUCAAAAAAGCCAUUUGACUCAACACAUGAGAACACACACAGGAGAAAAUUCAUUUAGUUGUUCAGUUUGUGGCAAAAGCUUUUCUGUUAAGAGCCAUUUGACUGAACACAUGAGAACACACACAGGUGAAAAACCAUUUAGUUGUUCAGUGUGCUGUAAAAGAUUUACUAAAAUGAGCCAUUUGACUCGUCACAUGAGAACACACACAGGUGAAAAACCAUAUAAGUGUUCAGUUUGUGGCAAAAGCUAUUCUCAAAAAAGCCAUUUGACUCAACACAUGAAAACACACACAGGUGAAAAACCAUUUAGUUGUUCAGUUUGUGGCAAAAGCUUUUCUGUUAAGAGCAAUUUGACUGGACACAUGAGAACACACACAGGUGAAAAACCAUAUAAGUGUUCAGUUUGUGGCAAAAGCUUUUCUCAAAAUAGCUGUUUGACUCAACACACGAGAACACACACAGGUGGAAAAGUAUUUAAGUGUUCAGUUUGUGGCAAAAGCUUUUCUCAAAAUAGCUGUUUGACUCAACACAUGAGAACACACACAGGUGAAAAACCAUUUAAUUGUUCAGAGUGUGGCAAAAGCUUUUCUGUUAAGAGCCAUUUGACUCGACACAUGAGAACACACACAGGUGAAAAACCAUAUAAGUGUUCAGUUUGUGGCAAAAGCUUUUCUGAUAAGAGCCAUUUGACUCGACACAAGAGAACACACACUGGACUAAGACCAUUUAAUUGUUCAAUUUGUGGCACAAGCUUUUCUCAUAACGACUCUUUGUGGCGACACAUGAGAACACACACUGGAGAAAAAACAUUUAGUUGUUCAAUGUGCUGUAAAAGGUUCACACAUAAUGCAGAUGCAGUAAAACACAUAAGGACACACAAGGGAAAAUAACCAAUUAGCUGUUUAGUUUGUGGUAUGUUGCUCAUAUGUGGCGACAUCCACCCUACCCAGGACCUCCUCACUGGAUUAUUUGAAGCAUAAUCUUAUCUACUCAUGACCCCAUGUCUUCUCUGUAUCUGAAACCUUCCUGAACAGUAAGAUAGAUGAUGCUUCAAGUGCUUGGUUACUCCUUCUUCAGUCCAGGGACCUGGGGCCUCAUGUGUCAAGUUUGUGCACGCUCAAAAACCUGCACUACACCCUUUUUCACUGCAAAGUUGAGAUGUAUCAAAACUGACGUUGUGGUGCUGGGUAACUGUUUGCAUAACCAAGUGCCAACUUUUUCUCCUCUGACUGAUUGAUGUGAAAAUCAGAGACAAAUGAACAAUUAACUGUCAGUAUUUUAACUUUUUAUUUGUGUUUUGUUGAAAUUGUUCACACAUUGCACAGCUUUUAUUUUUCUAUCAAUACACAUUAUGUCUAGAAGACAGGAAGUAACUCAACACUCUUGAAUAGUUUCUACCUCAGUUUGUAUGGUUUGUUGAGUUAGCACAGGAUUAAUAUGUGGAAAUGACAAAUGAGGUAGUUGAUACAUAGAAUAGUUUUUAUUCAUGCUUUAUUUAGUUUUUUGUUCAAUCCUAGAUGAGUUGUGACUUAAAGUUUAAUUGCUUUGUAGAAACACUGAGAUUAAGUCUAAGUUCAUUGUGUUCUUCAAGGUGUUUCUGAAAAUGCACCAUUUUUCCCUUCUAAAUGUUCAACUAACUUGAAGUGUUUUGUCAAGAGGAUUAUUUGUGAUAUGUACAUUUUCAGAAUGUGCUUCUUCUGUUUUGGGCCAAAGUAAAACAAAGAAAACAAUCUGAAGUUGUCAUAGUUGUAUUUUUAAGUUAUCAUGCCAUGAUUUUACAUGUCCCGCCCACGUGGAAAU